GAAUGCACGUGAUCGAAAUAUGUAAUACUACAUAUCUGUGUAUUAGAUGAAAAAAUGUGAUAUAGUUUACCAAUUUAGAAAAGUAUUUGUAAGUAAAGUAACCAAGGAUAUGUACUAUUGAUGCGAAGAAAAAAGUAUAAAGACUGAUAGAAUAAGAACGUAUAAGUAAGAAUUCUUGUUGGUUGUUUUAAGAAAGAUACAGAGUAAUGGCUGAAGAAGAACCGCAACUGAAAAAAUUAAAGCAUUCUGUCAUCUCUGAUUUUAUCUAUUCAACUAACUUUCAGCAAUUAUUUUUCCAAAAUUGGCACAGCUCUACCGAUAUAAAGAUAGACAACCUUGAAAUUAUAUCGAAACCCUUCAGAGUGUGUAGAAUUUCAAAUUUCCUCUGCAGCGAGGAAUUCAUGGAUGAAAUAAAGAACGAAUUACUGGAUGUCAAAAGUAGAAGAAAUAGCAUAGAUCUCUAUCAGUUUGAACAAACCAACGAUCUUGCUAAUAUCGAUACAGAGAAUUUAAAGUUACUGUAUCAGACUUUUCAAAUAGAUUUAGCAACCUGGAUGGAACGGAACACUAAAAUAGAACUCAACAAGAAGAUAUCCAUGUCGAGUUCUUGUUACUACGAUACAGAUUAUUUACUAUGUCACGAUGACAAUAUGGGUGACCGUAGAAUUGCUUUUAUAUUGUACCUUUCAAAAAAUUGGUUUGGAAAAGACGGUGGGACAUUGGAUUUAUUUGACACGGAUGAACACGGUCUGCCUAGAAAUGUUGUAAAAUCAUUGAUACCGGAAUACAAUUCCCUAGUAUUUUUCGAGGUGGUAAAUAAUUCUUAUCAUCAAGUAGCUGAAGUAACCACACCUGACAAAUCACGUUGGUCCAUUAAUGGUUGGUUUCAUGGACCACUUAGUAUAAGCAACAGACCACCAAGACCAGAAAUUGAACUCGACUACAUACAGCCGUCAAACGAGCGUGUAAACUUGAACGAUUGGGUAACGGAAUGUUAUUUAUUCCCUGGAAUCGUUAAAGAGAUCCAGCAAGAUAUGGAGGAAGAAUCGUUUGCCUUUUUAUCCAAUUUCUUAAGAGACGACGUUUACGAAAAGCUUGCUACAGACUUGACGUCGGACGUUAUCGUUUGGAAGAAAGUUGGUCCAGCUGAUACUCGUAACUACGAGAUAGCGGAGGAAACGAGCUUGCCCGAGUUGCUAAAGACCUUUUACAACAUGUUCAAGUCUAUCACGAUGUUCCAAUUGUUAAAAAACUACACGGAAUUAGAUCUGGUACCAGAGAAAGAGAACAUGAAUCCGAAAAUGGUUAUAGAGCUUCAGAGAUGGUCCAGAGGUUGCUAUACGUUAAUAUGUGAUAAAACUAUCACGAACGAGUCUACUCUGUCCACUAGCGAGCAAAAGUCCAACAACGGACGAGUAAAUCAAAACGAAGAAACGCAGGAAGAUUCGUUGGAGACGUUGGGUAAAAGUAGCAAAGGGGGUCAGGAAAAAUCGAUACCAAACAAUGAGAAUAAGAGCACCGAAUCAGGUUGCGAUACUCCAGUGAGCGGUAAAGAGGACGACGACAUCGACGAGGACGAGAUACUGAAAAAGAUACUUAAAUCGAAAUCUCCACGGUCGAAAAAGAAAAAUUUAUGGCAACAGUCUUCCUCGUCGAAAUUAGAAAAUCUGUCCCCGCAGAAACCAGCUAGGAUCCUAGAUACCGACGAUUCCGACGUGUCCGAUAUCGGAGACUAUUUGUCUGAUCCGUUGGAUUGUUCCUUGGAAUGUUCGGAUCAAGAGGAAGACAUGGACGAUGCGAAUACGUCUGAACCGGGCGCUCUCGAUAUGAUAAUCCAAUUUCAUACGAAUCACGUAUCCGAGGAGGAUACCAUAGAUUACGUGGAUCCCAAAGAGCAAGAAGGUGCAUUAAUUCACGUGCCAGCGAAAGAUAACCACCUCUGCCUCGUUUACAAGACGUUAGGCACUUGCCGUGUUCAUAAAUACGUGAAUCAUUAUUGUACAGAUUAUUUUUACAAUCUAAUUUGUACAUAUUACGAAUAGUAAUUAUACAUACGAUUCGUCUUGUCUCGUAUGUUCCUCGAAUGACUUGGCAAUUGUAUAAUGAAUGGUGGACAGGAGUUGUCUGUCCUCAGCAUGUAUCAUAGUAUUCGUAUUAAUAAAAUUGUCAGUAUUUAUC